AUGAAUGAAACACAAGACAGCGACACUAACUUUGAAGUUGCCUGCUCUUAAUGUCAAACAACUCCUGAUAAUUAUGUCAAAUUAGAUUGUGAUCAUAAAUUCUGUCUCGUUUGUUUAGCUUACAAUUAUUUACAAUCUCAACAACAGAACCCAGAAUCUCAAGAUAUUAUGAAAGUAGCUAUAUGUUCAAAAUGUCAAUAUGAAACCCAUCUUGAUCCAGAUACUAUUGAAGCAAUUCAAUAUGUGAUUAAGGAAAUCAUCAUUCCACUUAUUGAAUAGAAUUAAGAAGAGCAUAAUAUGGAUAAUGAUUUUGAUCUAAAAUAAUCUGAAACAAUUAGAGAAUCUAAGGCUAACUUAGCAACUGAAUUAAUUAAUGAUGAAAAAUUUGAAUAAAAAAAAGAUAAAUAUGCAAACAAUUUAUAAUUUCAAAAAGUAGACUAAACCAAGGAGACCUCUGAAAUUAAGGAUAUUAAGAAAAAUAAGGAAUCCCUUAUAGGCAAAAUUGAUAUGGCUCCUGCUUUGAAUGAAAGAGUACAACUAUAUUUGGAGAGAUUGGAUAAAAGUUUCAAAAAUAAAUUUGAAUCUAUUAGAGACAUAUAAGAUCAAAAAUUUCAAUUUUAAUAGAAGUGUUAAUCUACAAGAGAUGAGAUUAGUCAAGAAUUUUAGAAAGUAAUUUCAUCUGUAACUAUGUAAUUAGUAAAUCAUUGCUUUGGAAUAAAAAAAAAAUAGUCUUAUUAAUGAAGUUAAUGCACUUGAAACUUAGUAAUUAUUAGAAAUAUAAAAAUAAGAGAAUGAAUAUGUAAUUUAUAGAAAUAUAUUAAGGAAUCUUAAAUUUAAUUGAUGGCUAAGUAUUAAGAAGAACUAAGGAACUUAAAGGGUAUUCCUGAAGAUCUAAGUAAAUUCUUAAUUGAAAUUGAAAAAAUUAUGACUGCUCCAUCUUAAUCUCUGUAAAUAGUAAAAUAUGUGUGAAUGAAUAGAAAUCCUCACUUUUGUCGUCCCAAAGAUAGUUGAUUCGUAUACAAUCUCUUACCUAAUAGAUAGAAGAGAGAUUAACUUCAGAUUCCAAAAUGAUUACAUUUUAACAGAAGUUCAGUCCUGUUAAGAAUGACAGAACCAAUGAAAUUUGGAAUAAAAUAAAUGAAAGUGAUAAAAAGAGUAGACUUAAAGAAAGCUCAAUUUCGUAAUAAAGAUCAAAUCAAAAGAGUAGAUGGAAAGAAACUAUCUUAGAAAUAUUUGAUAAAAAAGAACAAAGUUUUGAAAGAUGUUCUAAUAAUAAAUAUAAUCCAUUAAAUAGAACUUACAAUAUUCACUAAGUUUUGAAUAUGUAACAAUAGAGUUUUUAAAUUUAAAAAGAAAAUUUAUUAAAAAGGUGA